AUGAACUAUGAACCCGAUUACGGUCUCUUGACCUCCCAGUAUAUCACUUUCUUGGGCCUAGGUCCAAUGAAUAGACAGCCUUUUACAAGCUGGGUCCUAUAUAGAGAAGUCUUGUCGACGGCACCAUUGCAAGUAAACGGCUUGGCGCCGGUGUGGUUGAGGAGACAAGUGUGGGCCCGGGGCCGACUAGUGCACAUCCUGCCGCAAGAGGUGCAAGGAAACUUGUUCCUUUGCGACGUUGAUGUUGGGAAAGUGGCUACUGGGGUGGGUGUUGGGCCCACAGCCGAAGGCGUUGGUUGCCCAAAUGACUGGCUAGAGGGAACGAUCCAGCCAACAGGUAGAUCAUUCGAAUUGAACGUAUUGAAGAAAAGGGAGCAGAUAACGUCGAGUGGUGGAUUAGAAG